AUGCAGCUCAAGGAGAAGCGCAGCAGCUACUCAUCCCAAAACAGGAGCCGGAACUUGCAAAUUACACAGGCCGCUGCAAAAGGCGAAAUUUAUGACCUACAAGAGAAGUGCUGCAAGAUUUCCGCAUCAUUCGACAGACUUAUCACCAAAUGGAGCGCUGCGAUCGAUCGCAAUAAGCAAAAAGCCGACGAAAGCAGCAAUUACAGUAUCAUUUGGCGUAAUUUAUGCGAAAAUGACAAUUUGCUCAAAAAGAGUGCACCGCAGCGCUCCAAGAGGCUUCCAACUGAUCAGUGUGAUGCUGUCCUCGCCGCUUUAGCGCAAUUACACGAUACAACUCAACCACCACUCGCAGCGAUUGCAAGGCAUCAUAAACACUACAAAAUGCGACGUUUACAGCAAAUUUUGCGCGGCGUAAAGCUCUACAAUAAGGCAGGAUACUACACUAAAGAGGUUCCAGGCCACAGACGUUUGGCCAAUGGAUGUGGAGGUCGUACUGAAGCGCUUCAAUACCAGCACUUCGGAGCAAGAUGA